UCUUUAAUGCGUUUCGUUGAGCGGCAGAUGGAAACAAAGACAUGACGUUAUGACUGUUCAUCGACUCAGCCAUUCCAAAUCCUUUGUUUUGCCGAUUUAUGUUCUGUUCUAAGUAGAAUAUAGCCUUGAAUGCUGGAAUUUAACUUCGUUUAGACUAUUGCUAUGUUCGAAGUAUGGGGACUCAUUUUCUCUGCGAAUUGGAAAGCCUGGAUCUUCUAUAGAACAGGAUAGGAAAUCUUUGCAGAUAAUGAUGUCUCGCCCUCUUCCAAGCUCCCCAAUCCGGCCAUGGUUAUAAGUGAGAGAGAGAGAGAGAGAGAGAGGGAGAGAGUGAGUUGUGAUUGUUUAAUCAAAGAUUGCAGUGGCAAAGUGGAAGAACACUGGAGGUCUGGAAAAGUGAUCUCACAAGAUUGAGAAGACAAUUAGCAUCGGAGAUGUUACUUCAGAUAGUUCUCUGAGCAGCAACAUUCCUGUAUGCCCUGUGUUUCCUGAAUUGUAGUCAGCAAUCUAUCAAUGAAGCAGUAUGCCCCCAACUGGAGUUUGGUAGAUCAAAAGAAACCCAUGGGGCUGGACAGUGAGCUUGUAGAACUGCUGUGGCAAGAUAUGCAUGUUGCCAUGCAUACCCAGAGUAAUCACGGAGCCUCUGCCAUCAAUGAUGAAUCCAAACCAGAUCAAGAACCACAAUGCGAGCGGUCACUUGAUAGAUCCGCCGGCCUGAUCCAGGUCGACGAAACCGUGUCAUGGUUGCAGUACCCUCUCGACGACCCGCCAGCCAAAGAAUUCUGCUCCGACUUCUUCUCGGAAAUGGCGGGCAUCGGUGUCAUCGGUGUGCCCACUGAGAGCACUGCUUUCACAGCAACUUGUCCUCCUAGGCCACCACAGAGUUGUAAGGCUCAGGCUUCUUCGUUUGGUGAUGGAGAUGCAAGCAUCUGCGGAAGUAAUCAGAUCCAUGCACAGGCUGAUCUGAGCAGGGAUUCUGCUGCCGCUGCUACUAAAGGAAUGCCAUCAGAAACUGAGCAGAAACACGCGUAUGAAACUACUCUUACUUCAUCCUCGGGAGGUUCUGAUUGCAGCGUCAGAAGAAUGAGAAAGCAGAUUUUUGGAAGCAAUCGGAGUCAAAAGAGAAGGAAAAGAGAUGCGGAUGAUCAAAGCGAAGAGGCUGAGAUCGAGUCGAUGGAGGCGAAGAAGCUGGCUCAGCGAUCGACGGCUACUCGUAGAAGCCGAGCUGCUGAGGUCCACAACCUCUCCGAGAGGAGAAGAAGAGACAGAAUCAAUGAGAAGAUGAAGGCACUGCAAGAGCUGAUACCUCGUUGCAACAAGACAGACAAAGCAUCAAUGCUGGAUGAGGCUAUUGGAUAUAUGAAGUCACUUCAACUGCAAGUUCAGAUGAUGUGGAUGGGAAGUGCCAUGGCACAAAUGAUGUUCCCAGGUGUCCAACAAUACAUGUCUCAUGCUUCUGUUCCUUGGAUGCAUCAUGCAGUUCAAGUACCAAGUGUGCCAGUUAUACACCACUCUGCAGGCUCAUACACAAACCAUUUAUGCCUUUCUCCAGCCCUGCAUGCAGCCAAUUUCCAGAAUCAGAUGCAGGGCUUCCAUGUCCAAGAAUCAUCAUAUGUCCCCUGCCAUGGCUUUCAUCAUCUUCAACCUCAUUCUCAGGAGACCAAUCCAUGCAGCCAUGGAUCACUCACAGAGCAGCAGAAUCAUCCAGCAGCUAUACCUUGUAGCAGCAUCCUCCCUUGUGCUGGACCAGCUCCUUGUGAAAACACCAUUGACAGCAUAUCUGAGUGAUUGCCAAUGUCAAAUUUCAACUCCAUACUUGGAGAGGACCCUGUGAGCUCUACACAGGUGAUUUGGCUGUUCAAGAGUCACUGUAUCAAUAAUUUUUGUUUUAUGCAAAAGAUGAGGAUCAUCAUAAAACCUUUCCUGUUACAAAGACACAACACAAUGAUGUAAAUUCCAUUUGGUGCACCAACAAAGUUCUGCUACCUUCAAAAUGUUGAACAUAAUAUAAUAUACUUGCAUUUACAAAAUGUGCAUACUUGGUUUCCUAUGUCACAGUCAUUAGUUCUCAUAAGUAUUGCAUGCUUUCAACUGUCUGACCUUUGUAAGAUUUACAAACUCAAAGAAACUUAAAUACAACUUCAUGUUUUUCUAAAAGUAAUUUAUUUUGACAUUAACCUCAAAUAAAAUUCAUACUGGAUACAGUCAAUGUCAAUUCCAAACUUAGAUGAAAAGGAUAAAAGGUUGCAUUAGACAUAUUAGAGAAUUAAUAUUAAUGGUUUGAGAAAAAGUAGAGGAAUAUUUAAAAAUAAAUAAAUAUUCUUAAUUUAUAGGUGGCCUCAAAAUAGUGAGGAUAUUAGAAAGGAAAACAUAGAGAAGAGAUCAUUGGAAUUUCCAUCACUAAUAAUCACAUAAAAUUAGCAACUUGCCCACUGAGCUUUCUGUUAUAAACUUCAAAAAGAAUCUUGCAAUUUCUAAACCAAAGUAGAGGAUAAAUUCUUCUAAUAUUUGUUUACAGAAUAAUACUGUAGCUACUUUGCUGAUGGCAUGGUAUAUUUCUGAUUGUCCAUUAUAAUGUUCUGUACCUUAUCUUUCUUUUGUACAACUGAUAGUACCUCAUUUCUUUUUCUAAUACUCAGAAGAUAUUACCAGAUCUGUGCAGGCAUUUCCUAGGAUCUACUAGGUUACAGUUCUAGAGAUUGGAGUGUCUGCUUUAUAGUAACUGAGAACAAGACAAAGAAAAGAAAUAUAUAUUGACAUUCUGCUUUCAGGCUUGCAAACAUGCUGAUCUUGAUGACCAAAUGGUGGAUGCAGUCAGCUAUGAUGUCCAGGGACAGUGAACCAGGAUGAAGCAGCAAAUGCCUUCUUGGGGGAGGAGAGCAGCAAAUCUUGAGAAUCUCACCCCAGUGUACUUUAACAAAAUCCCCUCAGGAGCCACCAACUUUUGAUUAGGUCUGCAGACAGACCUAAUUGCACUCUGUUAUCUUCUCUAUUAUUUGAUGUUGGAAGCUUGAAAGAGACUGAUGGCAAUGAUACGCCCUAUCCAGAGCAUGGCCUUAGUGUACCAAUUAGAUCUCAGAUUUUCCUUUUAUUGUUCUUCUUCUGUCACAAUCCAAUUUUCACUUUGAAACAUAGUGCUGUUUAAUCUUGUUA